GCUACGACAUCCAUUAACCCCACCUUGUCCGCACCCGAGCGAUCAUUAUUAUUCGUCAGCACCACUUCUAUCGAACCCAAGCCGGCGAUCCGAAGAGGAGCUAGGAUUCACAUGCGCUCUGAAAGGCUAUAUGGUUGUAUGGGUAACAUUCUAACUGGCUAUUUGGAUGCUGUUGGUACUCGUUGUAUUGUUCUUGGCGGGCAGGCUUACUCCAACGACGUCAGUGAUUCCCCUCACUGAGGAACCCCAACGUAGCCACGGCCUCGGUAAGAGCCACCUGACGAGCAUAUGGUGGGGAUAGAAAGGCGGGGAGACGACCGCGCCUUCUCUGGAUGACUAGCGUGACUCUGCACCUCCUCCAUCUCUGACCAGAUCUCUUCGUAAACACGCUUUCAGUAGCCCAGUAAACCCCGAUCGAUCAAUAGCACGUCCUAACACUGCGAGUCAAUCAUGGGUCGACUCGACGGCAAAGUUGCUCUCGUCACUGGCGGUGGAUCUGGAUUCGGGGCGGGUAUAUCUCAGGCAUUUGCUGCAGAAGGCGCCAAGGUACUUGUCUGUGAUGUCAAUGAAGACGGUGGGAAUGCGACGGUUCAGUCCAACGCCUCAGCCAUGGCCUUCCACAAGAUGGACGUGACCAAAGCGGCAGAUUGGAAGUCUGCUAUCGAUGCAGCAAUCCAGAAGUUUGGUAAAUGCGAUGUGCUGGUCAACAAUGCCGGAACAAGCUACAGAAACAAGCCCACGAUCGACGUCACGGAAGAGGAGUUCCAAAGGGUCUUCGAUGUUAAUGUGAAGGGCAUCUUCCUCGGUUGCAACGCAUGGGUCUCGCAGGCAAUCGAGAAGAAGGAAGGAGGUGUCAUUAUCAAUAUAGCAAGCGUUGGAGCCUCUCGACCGCGGCCAGGACUGGUGUGGUACAAUGCAUCCAAAGGUGCUGUUGCAAAUGCCACGAAAGGUCUUGCAGCAGAGUACGGACCGCACCAGAUCAGGGUAGUGUCAAUCUGCCCACUGGUCACUAGCACGGGACUCUUUUCGCACUUUACCGGCGUUCCAGAUACGCCCGAGAACCGAAAAAACUUCAUCUCCAAUGUUCCCAUGGGUCGCAUCGGCGAGAUCGACGACGUUACAUCAACGGCCGUUUUCCUGGCAAGCUCUGAUGCCAAGUUUAUCACUGGAGUCAACCUUGAAGUGGAUGGAGGGCGCUGUAUCUAGUUAAAACAGCUGCAGCAUUAUGCUUGCAAUGUGCUUUUGUUCGAUACCUGUCUAGCGAAGCCAUGCAUUGCCACUGUUCCAAUGUAUAGACUCGUUAAUCGAUAUCUACACUGUAGCCAAGGAAGUGAAAUAGGCUACCUUGACUGCGGAUGUGACGUUCAUUGUCCCAAAUGUGAUUCGGAC